UGUUGAAGAGACAGCUACCACUGUAUGAGGUGAGAGAUGGUAUCGUGUUGCGAACGGUACGGACCUCUACCGAAGGCGACAUUAUCCAACAAGCAUUGCUGGACCCAUCAAGUGGUGGCAUACUGAUUUACAAAAUUAUCGACAAUGUGAAUCUUCGCAGUGGUCAUCUGGGCC